CAUCCUGUGUCGGUAAACGAAAACGUGCGUCGCCUUUUAUACUGAAGCGACAGAUAUAAACAAAAAAUACACUUAAAUUGUAUUUGGAGGAAGCGUGGUGUUUGAGGAGAUAUGGAUGAUGAAGAGGAGACAUACAGACUGUGGAAAAUCCGCAAAACCAUCAUGCAGCUGUGCCAUGAUCGAGGCUACCUGGUGACCCAGGACGAGUUGGACCAGACUCUGGACGAGUUUAAGAGUCAGUUUGGAGACAGGCCUAGUGAGGGUCGCCCCAGACGCACAGACCUCACGGUGCUGGUGGCACACAAUGAUGACCCCACGGACCAGAUGUUUGUUUUCUUUCCCGAGGAGCCCAAGGUAGGAAUAAAGACUAUUAAGAUGUACUGUCAAAGGAUGCAGGAGGAAAACAUCACACGCGCCAUCAUAGUUGUUCAGAUGGGAAUGACACCAUCAGCUAAACAGUCUCUAGUUGACAUGGCUCCCAAGUACAUACUGGAACAGUUUUUACAGCAGGAGCUACUUAUUAACAUCACAGAACACGAGCUUGUUCCAGAACACAUCGUGAUGACUAAAGAGGAAGUGACUGAACUUCUUGCGAGAUAUAAGUUAAAGGAAAGUCAAUUGCCAAGGAUCCAGGCUGGAGACCCUGUGGCUCGCUACUUUGGCUUGAAAAGAGGACAGGUAGUAAAGAUCAUCCGACCCAGUGAAACAGCUGGAAGGUACAUCACAUACAGACUGGUCCAGUGACAGGUUUUUCUGGAUCAACAUCUAGAAGGGCCAGCACUGGAAACUGAAGAUUUUACUCCUUCAUCACUCAUUAUUUUCAUCACAUGCUUUUUCGCUUGCAUUGUUUGAAUCUUAGUUUUUCUUGUAAUUCCUCAUUUUGUAAAAUAAACCAUAAAAAUGUU